AUGGUUUCGAUAGCCUCAAUGAGUCCAAUUGCUUCUUCAAGCUCCCAACUUCAGACUACAGCAAUUACUCAUUCGACAGAUCCAAAUUGUCAAGCAGCCUUACUGAAUAGCUUCAAAACAGAAUUUUCCUUACCAAAUGGCAGCACUUUUCAAUCUCCUGUUGCUAUACCUUCAGCACAUUCUGCCUAUUCAAAUGUUACUAAUCCAUGGGCCAAUUCAUUAGUUGCAGCAGCAGCCCUUGGCAAUCCUACGAAUGAAGAUAUUCGUCCACUUGUCGGCGCUCAACAAAUGUUGGCUGCAGUACAACCACCUUAUAAUAUACCGGCUACAUAUUAUGGAUUCGGCGGAAUGGCUGCUGUCAAUCAAUGUUGGCCAAAUGUUGCCGUCGAUUGGAUUGGUCAGCAAUCGUUAUCAACAGGUUUAAGCAGUUCAAAUGAUCUCCAUGAUCAACCUCAACAUUCCCAGCAUUAUGAUAACGAAGCUUCAACAAAGUUGACCGACAAAAUGAUGGAAUGCAAGCAGCUUUUACUUUUAAAAUCUGAUGAUGGAGAACAAGCAACAUCAAAAUCAAAAAUGGAGCCACAACUAAAUAUUAACUCUAGGAAUGAGCCUUGUGGAAGCAGGACCAUCAGUAACAAUGAGUCAACUGAUUUUCAGUCACCAAGCACAAACAUUCCUGAAUACGGUGAGUUUAUUUUUAGACCCUCUGGGUUUUAUUAA